AUGUUAAAUAGAAUUAGUAAUUCUAAAAGAAAUACUUUGGAGUAUUCAGUUCCAGAUGAUAUCAUUGAUGUAGAUAAUGAAAUAGUAGAAAGUACAAUACCGCUGGUUGAUCAAUUAAGUAAGAAAGAACAGAUAGGUACAUCUUCAAUCAAAUCAAUAUCUUCAAAUAUUGUAAGCCCAAGUAUUCCAACUUUUGAACCGCCAAGCCACCAUGUUCCAACUUCAGUUUUGCAAGAUGCACUACAUCGAUCUGCAACCAAUCAAGUUAGCUCCAAAAAUCUUCCUAGGAUUUUAGAAGAACUUAAAAGUGUUAAUGAUUAUGCUAACCUUUUAUUGUCAAAGUCAAAAGAAAGAGAAGUUAGAAGAACCACUCAAAGUCCAAAGACGACAAUUCUACAUAACAAGAAAAAAGUGACCAACAACAACAAAGACAUCAACGACAAAAAUAAUAAUAAUAACAAUAAUUUAAAUAUUAGUAAUAAUCAAUCGAAUUUAAACAACAAUAAUAUUAACGAUAUUCAUAAUAAUAAUAAUAAUACUCCUAUUAUUCUCAAACUUCUCUAUAAACAAGGUAAUAUGUCAGUCUAUCAGUCCAGAGUAUAUGAUCCUAAAAGACAAAGAACUUUUCUUGUUACUAGAUAUAUUUCAACUGUAUUAACACCAGAAAAUCAAAAUAUAAUAUCCAACAUAAUAGUCAAUUAA